AUGUGCAUCGCUCCGCAUACCCCGACCACCGCCACAGCGCCGCUCGCGUCCUUCGCGGUCGUCGCGCCGCCGAAGCGCAUCGACGCGCACGUCGACGACGCGCGAUUCGUCGCGAACGCGCUCAUCGCGUCCACGAAGCUCGCGCCGACGCGCGUCGCGACGACGCGCGGCGGCGCGCUCGUCGUCCUCGCCGAGUCGCGCGGUCUCCAGAUCGUCGAGCGCGACGGCCUCGUCCUCGCGAUGGUGUCGUCGACGCUCACCGCGACCGACCUCCUCGCCGCGUACGACGCGACGGACGCGCCGACGGUCAGCACGGGCGCGCGCGUCAACGCGGUGCGCGAGGCGCUCGGCGAGCUGCACGUCGCGCGCGGCGCGUUCGCGGUCGUCGCGUACGACGCCGACGCCGGGCGCGUGCUCGCCGCGCGCACGGCGAACGCGGCAGAGAUCUCGUACGGGUUCGCCGCGGACGGCUCGCUCGUCGUCGCGAGCGGAAUCUCGUCCGACGCGCUCGGAGUCGCGCAGCCGGGGCUCGAGAUGACGCGCCUCCCGAGCGGGCGGUUCGUGUUCGGGCACCGGUACGUCAAGCCGAUCGAGUUCACGAGCUUCUGGGCCUCCGCGCGCGCGAACCGAUCGGGCGCGAACGCGCGCGCCGCGCCGGCGUCGGCGGAUUUUCGCGAGAUCGACGCGCCGACGGCGAAGGCGCCGCGCGCGGGGACGACUGACCGCGUCGGUUCUCUCCUCGCGCCGCGCGGCGGCGAAAACGCGCCGAGCGACGCCGCGGCGAGCUGGAUGAGGCGAAGCGGCAGCGCGGCGAGGCUGGACGCGCUCGUCGAGGCGAAGACGAGCGCGGGCGCUUACAUGCCGCCGGCGUUGCGUCGCGUAGCCGCGGAGAAGGAAGCCGCGAAAGCCGCCGCCGCCGCCGCCGCCGCCGCCGCCGAAGCGCCGAAAACGCCCUCGUCCAACGGCGCGGUCUCCCCGCGCACGGCCGCGAAGAACAUCGACGCGCAGGUCGCCGCCGCCAUCGCGACCGAGGACGCGCUCGUGGACUCGCUCAAGACGGCGUUUUACGCCGCCGUCGAAUCCGUGUCGAGGCGCAACUCGCUCGACGCUCGGCGCGACUCGCUCGACAAGUCGUCGCUCGCGGCUGUCGCCCGCGAGCGCCGCGUCUCCACGGACGCGCGACCGGCCGCGCUCUCGAGGCUGUCGCUGGACAACUCGUCGUGGGAGCGCGCGCUGAGCGCGACGCGGAGCAUGGACCGGUGCGGGAGGAACUCGAUGGAGGUGAGCGCGCGGUCGCGGGGGGGGUCCGUCGACGUUCGCGCGUCGAUGGAGGUGACGAGGCCGGCGAGCCUCCUCGCGUGA